AAAUGAGUAUCUUACCAUGUUUGGCAACACAGCUGUGAGGGAAAUUUUCCGCCAUGAUGGAUGGCACUCAAGAUGUUGCAGGGUAAAGAUCAAGUCUCCAUAUGCCUAUGGUAUUUGGAUAAAGACCUUGUCCCACAUGAGGUAUUUGUGGGACUCUACAAUAGCGACAACCGGGGAACAGAUGGCAAGGUAGUUCAUGUGCGAUGAGAUUAAAUUUACCAAUAUCAAGGUUGUGUGGUCAAACUUAUGAUGGAGCAGCCAAUAUGGCAAGAAAGCUCAACGGGCACAAGCAGUUUUGAAAAAAGAACAACCGCUAACCUUGUAAGUGCACUGUGGUGCACAUUGUGUGAAUCUCAUAACACAGUGUGCAUGCAGUGCCUCUCCCUUAGUAUGCAACGCAUUGCAGUGGGUACAUGAUCUUGGAACUCUCAGUAACUGAUCAGGCAAAUUUAAAGGGGUACUGAGUGGACAUGCAAUAGGUGAGGGACAUCCUAAAAGUGUGAAACCUCUUUGUCCAACUAGGUGGACAGUGUGUGGCCAAACUGUUGACCCAGUUUUUAGUCAGUAUGAGGCUAUAUUGACUAGAUUCGACAAAAUGGCUUUGACAGUUUCAGACUCUGGUCCCAGAACCAAUGGUCUCCUGAAUGCAUCCUGAAGGGCAGAACCUUCUUGGACUGAUGGUGGCCUCUGAGGUUAUCGGAGCAUUUUGAAUUGCUUUGCUGUUGAAAUGUGCUAUACAAAUAAAAUGGCCUGCAAGAUACUGCAAAAGCAAAGCAAUCAGAAGUGGUUGGAGGUAUGCAGGAUGCUGAUUCAAAAGCAAAAAAUAAGUGAUGAGUAAGUGAAGAGUUUUUUGAGACGGCAUAGGCAAUAGUAGAAAAACUUGGGUUAAACCCUGUUCAAAUUCCACACCAGAGAGCUUGUGUACAAAUGCUGAGACCAAACCUACGGCCUUGAGAGUACAUAUGAAUAAUCAAAUCAAUAAUCAGUACUCGAAGUAAAUGACUUAUAAGUCAAAUCAUUUCUGAGUAAAGUUAUAUACAUAUCUGUCACCCCUCUGAAAGGCUGUAUGUAUAUCAUCUUUCACAGAUGGCAAGAAGGACUGAGGACAUAAACUCAAAUUAUUUUUUUAAUGGUUUGGGUUCAAUUUCUAUGUUUUUACCACCUAUAGAAACCGAACCACCGAGAUGAAGUGAACGUUUAAUAAGGAAAUGUUUAGAUGGAGUUUGUUUCCACGCUGAACAUUCUGGAGCUACGGCCGCACCGACGUGUUAGACACGUCACACCUUAACGUAAGGAACGUCGACGUUACGCAAAGACGCUCGCUCAGAGAUCCCGGAAGUGGACACAUUGUUUACAUGCUCUCCUUUGUUUGGUGGAUGUUCCGCCAAAAUGUCCAAAAAACGCUCUAAGAGCACCGAGGACCGCAGCCUGCGGGGCGACCGGAGCCUGCUGGCGGCCAUCGACGAGCAGCUAACUGCGGCUGCCGAGGAGAUCUUCUGGCUGCUGAAGGAGCGCGGACAGGUGAAGAUGGAGCAGCUGAAGGAGCAGGUGACGGAGCGGAUCAACGCCGCCGUGGAGAUCAUCUUCACCGCCUUUGGUGUCUCCAGAGCGGAGGCGACGGUACCGGAGGAGCCCCACGAGAGAGAGUAUUGUCCCUCUGACGGACAUCAGAAGCAGGACGAUCAGGACCAUCUGAGGGACCUUCUGCCAAACACUUCCUCCAGACUACAUAGUGUUUCUGAUCCGGCCGGUGACCCCGAAGAGGACCAGAGUGACGUAGAAGCCCCCCCCCACUGCUGCAGAGUGUGCAGGAAGUCUUUCAACAGGAAAGGCUUUUUGAUGAAACACGUGGAGAAACACCUAAAAGAAGCGGAGUGUGUUUGUGGUCUGUGUGGCGAACGCUUGGAGUCCAGUGAUGGUCUGAGGCUGCACCUUCAAACGCAUCGUGACAGCAGCAGGACCUGCCACAUAUGCAGCAAGAAGUUCCCCUCGAUCCGCGCUCAGGAGACCCACCUGAGGCUGCACACCGGAGAGAAACCAUUUGGCUGCCACAUCUGCGGAAAAGGCUUCAAUCAGAAGGGAAACAUGUUGACUCACAUGAGGAUCCACACAGCAGAGAAGCCGUUCAGGUGCAUCGUUUGUCACAAAGAGUUCAGCCAUGCCGGCUCUCUGGAGCGGCACAUCAAAAUCCACAACGGACAGGCACCUUUUAGCUGCAAGGGGUGCGGGAAAAGCUUCAGCAAGAGUGCCGAACUGAGGCGACACGUCCGGAUCCAUGAGCCCGCCGACGUGUGCACUGCCAGAAGCAGACGCAGAAAACCGAGUCUGACUCCUUCUCACUGCUGCAAGGUCUGCGGGAACGCGUUCCACAACAAAGGAAACUUUGUGCGGCACGCAGAUACUCACGUGAACGCUGCCGAAUGCCGCUGCGGCGUAUGCGGAGAACAGUCGGAGUCCUCGGAAAGUCUGCAGCUGCACAUCCAGAGCCACAGAGAAGCCAACAGGAUGUGUGACAUCUGUGGUAUCAGCUUCAGGGACAUGGAGAUCCACAUGAGGACGCACACCGGUCAGAAACCUUUUCAUUGCAAAGACUGCGGCAAAGACUUCCCCAGGAAGGGCUCUCUGGAGAGACACAUGAAGCUGCACGCCGGCGAAAGGCCGUAUAUUUGUGAAUUCUGCGGGAAGACUUUCAUUGAAAGCACUGUCCUGAAGAGACACAUCAAGAGCCACACCGGAGGGAAGCCCAGAAUCUAUAACUGUGACAUCUGCAGCAAAACAUUCACCAUGAGCCAGCACCUGGAUGUGCAUAAAAGGAUCCACACUGGGGAGAAACCUUACACCUGCAGGGUCUGUGGGAAGAAUUUCCGUCAGAUCGGCAACCUGGAUUCCCACAUGAGGAUCCACACCGGCGAGAAGCCCUUCAUCUGCAGUCUCUGCGGGAAGAGGUUUCGCCAAAAGAUUUCGCUGGAGACACAUGAGAGGUUCCACAAGAAAGAGAAACCAUUUAGCUGCCAGCUCUGCAGCAAAGGCUUCGUCCAGAAGAUCGAUCUGAAGAGACACAUGCUGACGCACACUGGGGAGAAACCCUACAGCUGCAACGUCUGUGGAAAAAGCUACCAGGAGAAACGCUCGGUGGACGCUCACAUGAAGGUCCACAGCGGAGAAGAAGCUGCGAGAGACUCUGAGAGGACACCAAACCAGAGCCACCCGGACGGAGGUCACACCAACUUCCUCCAGCUGGUCACCCCACGGCGCUGCUUACAGUUCAGUACCGCGGUGCUCUUCGUUGUUCGCCCUCCGGUCCGCCAGAGUUCGCUGUUCGCUUCGCUUUCCUCCCAGCGAACUGUCGUCGACGCAGAACUCCGUGCGUGUGUUCGCGGUCCCGCUGGCUCUCUUUGUCCGCAGAAAAGGAGCAAAAUGUGCGCCGUGCGGCUGCUGCGCGUAUCGGUACGCGAGCGGCUCGGCGCCGCCGCCGAAGACGUUCUGCUGCGGGUGGAAAAGGGAGAAGAAGCGGCUGAAGUCGCGGCACUGAGAGCGCUGCUCACCGAGCGGCUAGCGGCAGCUGCGGAGGAGAUUGUCGGUCUGUUCGAGGAAACCGUGGCGGGAUACGAAGAGCGAGCUGAGCGCUCAGAACGGGAGAUCUGUCGCCAGAGGAGGCUGCUCGACGCCGUGCUGAAGCCCCAAGUCAAGCUGCACCGGGCAGAUGUGCAGCAGCUGUUGGAGACCGAAGAGCAGCAGGAGUGGAGCUCCAGUCUGGACCAGGAGGACCCAGAACCCCCAUACAUUAAAGAGGAACAGGUGGAACUUUGGACUAGUCAGGAGAGUGAGCAGCUAAAAGCCCUGGAGGAGCGAGACAUGAAGGUCUUAUUCACUCCUGUUAAGAGUGAAGAUGAUGAAGAGGAAGCUCAGUCCUUACAGCUUCAUCAGAGACAAACGGAUGGUGAGGGAGAGGACUGUAGAGGACCAGAACCAGACAAAAAAUCAGUUCCACAUUUACAACCCGUUAAUGAAGACAAUUCUCCUGGCUCUUCUCAGACUGAUGACUCUGAUUGGUCACACACCAACAAAGCCUGUUUGCAUGUUGAUUCUCAGAAACUCAGCAAAGUCUCCGAGAGUGAUAUUGGCUCCUCUACAAAGGAGAGCCCAUUUCCAUGCUCCUAUUGUGGGAAAAGUUUUAGCCUGAAGGGAAAUUUGAACAGACACGUCAGAGACCACACCGGCGAGCGGCCGUUCCCGUGUACAGGCUGUGAUAAGACAUUCAAAGACAGCGGCUCCUUGGCGGCUCACAUGAGAUGCCACACUGGGGAACAACCCUACAGCUGCCUUUUCUGUGGGAAGAACUUCAGCGGGCGAGGAAACAUGACCCGACACAUGAGGAUACACACCGGGGAGAAGCCGUUCACCUGUCCAGUGUGCAGCAAAAGCUUCCAUGUAAAAGAACACCUCAAUAGACACAUGAAGUACCACACGGGGGAGAAACCAUUCAGCUGCUCCAUCUGUGGGAAAGGGUGUGCUCAGAAGACCGACCUAAAGAAACACAUGAGGGUCCACACCGGAGAGAAACCCUUCAGCUGUCCGUUUUGUGGGAAGUGCUGUGCUGAAAAAGGAGACUUGACCAAACACAUGAGAGUCCACACUGGAGAAAAACCCUUCAGCUGCAAUGUGUGUGGGAAAAGUUGCGCCCAAAAGGGAAGCCUGAAGAUUCACAUGAGGGUCCACACAGGAGAGAAACCGUUCAGCUGCUCGGUCUGUGGAAAAUGUUUCACUGUCACUGGACAUUUAAAGCGACACAUGAAGCAGCAUUUGGACGGCGGAGCCGACGGACGCGAUGCUGGCAUUGAGGCAGACUGUGGCGAUGAUGGUGGCGAGGCAGACGUUGGUUGCGAUGGCAGUGGCGGGGAGGUUGCUGCCGGGGGGGAUGAAGCCGAUGUCCGUUCAAAAGUAGACCAGGAAGUGAAGCCUUUGAACACAUGAUGUUUCUCUGUCUUCUGUUAAGAAGAAAGGUCAUUAAGCCUUUCGUUUCGCGGGAUUAAAGCUUUUGUGCUUCUAAACGAUGUGAGAUAAGGAUAAGCCAUGCCAUCAUCAAUGACGGAGAACACAUGCGGCGUGGCAUUCAGACACCUUCGUCCAGUCAAUCCAGUAAAAGUGUUGCUUGAUGGCAGCUGGCGAAGGUCAUUUAACUUUCUAGACCUGCCCCCGAGCCAGGACCAGGUCAGGGUCCAGACGUCCUGUUAGACAGCAGAACCCUGAGCACCUUAAAGACAUGCUGAAUGUUGAAUCAGGAAACAUUUAUUGCCAAAAUAUGUCAAACAUACAAGGAAUUUGUCUUGGCGGUUGGUGCGUGACAGUAGACAGUGUAACAAUAGACAAGUUGGCAGGACAG